AUGCCUUACAGGCCCAAGAAGAUGGAAAGACAAGUGGUAGGCGGGAUACUCAGGCACUUCCACAACUGGCUGCCUCGACACGGAGCAGGACCUCCCCAGGAUAAUCUGGGGGAAGUUGUAAAGGAACCAGAAAGGGCCCAGGAGCACUGUCUACCCAACUUUGCCGGAGGGCAGCACUUCUUUGAAUACCUCCUUGUGGUUUCUCUCAAAAAAAAGCCUUCGGGGGAUGAUUAUGAGCCCACAAUCACCUACCAGUUCCCUAAGCGAGAGAACUUGCUUCGGGGACAACAGGAGGAGGAGGAACGGCUGCUCGGAGCCAUCCCCUUGUUUUGCUUCCCAGAUGGGAAUGAGUGGGCCCCACUCACUGAGUAUCCCAGGGAGACCUUCUCGUUCGUUCUGACCAACGUGGAUGGCAGCAGGAAGAUUGGAUACUGCAGGCGCCUCUUGCCCGCCGGCCGUGGUCCUCGCCUCCCCAGGGUGUACUGCAUCAUCAGCUGCAUUGGCUGCUUCGGCUUGUUCUCCAAGAUCCUGGAUGAAGUGGAAAAGAGGCAUCAGAUCUCCAUGGCAGUCAUCUACCCAUUCAUGCAGGGCCUCCGAGAGGCAGCCUUCCCUGCUCCUGGGAAGACCGUCACCCUCAAGAGCUUCAUCCCCGACUCAGGCACUGAGUUCAUUUCGCUGACGCGGCCCCUUGACUCCCACCUAGAGCACGUGGAUUUUAGUUCUCUGUUGCGCUGUCUCAGUUUUGAGCAGAUUCUUCAGAUCUUUGCCUCUGCAGUGCUGGAGAGAAGAAUCAUCUUCCUGGCAGAAGGUCUCAGCACACUGUCUCAGUGCAUCCAUGCUGCUGCGGCGCUGCUCUACCCCUUCAGCUGGGCCCACACCUACAUCCCGGUUGUCCCCGAGAGACUUCUGGCCACUGUCUGCUGCCCCACUCCCUUCAUGGUUGGAGUCCAAAUGCGCUUUCGGCAGGAGGUUAUGGAGAGCCCCAUGGAAGAGGUCCUGUUGGUGAAUCUUUGUGAAGGAACCUUCUUAAUAUCAGUUGGUGAUGAAAAAGACAUCCUACCACCCAAGCUUCAGGAGGACAUCUUAGAAUCUCUUGGUCAGGGGAUCAAGGGGUCACAGACUUCUGAACAAAUCAAUGAGCAUGUUUCAGGCCCUUUUGUGCAGUUCUUUGUCAAGACUGUGGGCCACUAUGCUUCCUACAUCAAGCGGGAAGCAAAUGGGCAAGGCCACUUCCAAGAACGGGCCUUCUAUAAGGCUCUGACCUCCAAGGCCAACCGCCGAUUUGUGAAGAAGUUUGUGAAGACACAGCUCUUUUCCCUUUUCAUCCAGGAAGCUGAGAAGAGCAAGAACCCUCCUGCAGGCUAUUUCCAACAGAAAAUACUUGAAUACGAUGAACGGAAGAAACAGAAGAAACCAAAGGAAAAGACUUUGAAAUAAGAGCUGUGGUGAACAGAAGUGACUAGACCUAUAGGUCAGUUGUGGACUUUGGACCCUGCCAGCAUGGUAGGAUGUGAAGCUUUCAGCCCCCAGAAUC